CGAGCGAAAGUUGUACUUGUAUUGUGUUUAAAAAUUGCCAAUUACACCAUUAAGGAAAGGAAUAAAGCUAAGAAUCUCCAAAAUGUCGUCUGAUAAUGUGGCACUUAUCACUAGCAUGAGUGUGCCCUCAGCGGUAAAGUUUAAUGCCAAGAAUGAGUUUCAAACCCACACGCAGCAACAGGAGCUUGACAGGGCUUUUUUGGGCUGCGGGCGGCGUCCUUGGAUACAGGAGAAGAUGAAACGGGACAGCCGCAGGGAGCGUCAAAUGCUCACAGCCUUGCUAUCCACAUCCAACCAGAAUGAUUCAAUCGAUUGUGUUGAGAAACUGGUGGCCGAGGACAUCAGCUUUCGAGAUUUGGCCUCUCUUACGGAAGCAGACCUUGAGAUUUUUGGUUUUAAGCAUCAUAAGCAGCGUCAGGAUCUGAUCACAAAGUUCAAUAAAAUGCCCAACCAAGACCCAAGCUAUGAAUACAUUUGCAAAUUGCCCGACGCAGCUACCUAUAAUAAUGAAAUUAUACGAAAAGCAGCCAAUCACCUUAUGUCCAUGCGCUCUUCACUAGCAGCUACCAAUUACAAAUUGGAAGUGAUGCCGCCAGAAGAUGUGCUUGUGGGCGAUAAGCGCUAUGCCAGUCGCUUCGCUCUGGAGGCAAUUAACAGUGUGCAAUUAAUAACCGACGAGCUGUCCAAGGACUUGCGUAAGCUAGAGGAUAUUACAGCGAGCGGUGCCUCAGAGAAGAAAAAGAAUAGUUUGAUAUGGACAGUAUUUUACUGUACGGCCAUUGUUAUCGGUACAGUCGCCUGGUUGUUAUAUUCAAAACCUCGCACAGGCAUCCGGAGAAUCUCACUUACCACUUAAGAUAUUCGCUUAUAUCUACUAAACUUCUUAUGUAGUUUUACCAUACCUAAUUAAUUAUUGGGUUCCCAUUCCAUUUUGUAUAUUUAAUAUAAUUAGAAUUAGAAGCAUAAGCUGAAAGGUGCACGUAUUUUUUACGCCAAGUAUAAGCUGAAAGGUACACGUAUUUUUUACGC